ACGUGUAUUAGGGGGCGCUGUUGUGAACAGUGCCCGUUUGGUGUGAGUAGGAAACAUAGAACAAGAAGUAAAAACAUGGCGGCCCGCACACGGCUGCCCUUUCGCUUCCCGCAGAACUUGCUUCCAAACCACACGGAGGUGGCGGCAACGGUAGAGAAGGAGGCCAUCUACCCGCCCAUUAAGCCCUCUCUCACGGCCAAAAGCAAAUCGGCGCGGGCGCGUCAGACAGAAGAACAAGUCGAGCGGAUAAAAGCGUCCCCGGUGCAGGAUAAACUCCGGCUUCUCACUCGCAUCGAGCGGAAAAAGUACGUCGUCUACCCGCAGACGUUCGCGCGUAACGCGGAUAAAUGGUACCAGCACUUCACCAAGACCGCGUACAUCCCCGGCUUGCCGGAGAAACUCAGUCCGGUUCGGCCUCACGUCGCCGGCGACGAGGAGAAGCAGAGCUCCCCCGCUCCGGCUGCACAAGACCUCGGCAUUGGCGAUGAGGCCUUCGGGGACAUCCGUUCAUUGGUGACUCGGGUGAUUUUACAGGAGCACUGCCACCUGAUAAAACGUAAGCCGUUCGUGUACAGACGGCAGGAGCUCAUCGAAGGACCCUUUCUGAGGAACUUGAUCACAGCGUUGACAUACGGCCUGGCCAAAUACAACCCGCUGCUCCUCAACUCCAGCUUCGAUUUGAGUCCCCAAGUGGGCUUCUACUGGAGGAGAGGGCAGAGGGUCAUCCCGAGGGGCCACAGGAGGGGCAGCCUGGAGCCCACGAGGUUCCAGAUAGACGACCGUCCGCUCUGUCAGCUUAGAAUAGUGCAGCAGCUGCCUCCGUUGGUCCCGAUGGAGGCUUCUUACGCCGCCGACAUCCCGGACGUUCCCUACACUCCCGACCUGAUGCCGCUGUUCAAGCGCCAGUACACCAACACCAUGUUCACAGGUACCAAGGUCCCCGACCCGGCGUGCUACGGUCACACGCAGUUCCACCUGGUGCCCGACCGCUACCACAGGGAUCGCAUGGCCCGUCGCCAGCAGUCGGACCAAGUGGAGGUGUUCCUCAGGGCCAACGCCAUCGCCAGCCUGUUUGCGUGGACCGCCGCGCAGGCCUCCUAUCAAGGUUUCUGGAACCACGAGGACGUGAGCAGAGCGUUCGUGUCCCAGGCGGUGAUAAGCGACGGCCACUUUUUCUCCUUCUUCUGCUACCAGCUCAACACGCUGGCAUUGUCCACUCAAACAGACGUCCACAACCCCCGCAAGAACCUCCUGUGGGGCACCGAGAGCGUGCGCCUCUACGAGGGCGUGGAGGACGAGCGCGUGGUCGGUCUCAACGAUGACGCACUGCGGCUCUUGGUGCGAUUCCUUCUCCAUCAGCCCCAAGAGGAUCCCCUCGCCGGGAAAUGAGGGAGCAAAAUGUUGCAAAACAAAGUUGACAAAUCCAGCUUGUAUUUAUGAACAAAUAAAAGUGCUUCGCAUACCAUUA